GCGCGCAGUUCACGUUCGUCUGGCUUCCGCGCAUGCGGUUCAUUCGUCGCCCGUCGUUCGCUCGUCGAUUUCCCGUGAUUCUCGCCUACAACCCUUCCGAUACCAUCCCCUCAACCGUAUCGAGUACAUCCCCCGUGAGCGGUAUUUUCGUGUUUACGGCUGAUCCUCUCUCGCCGCCCAGAGGGUGUGUUUUCGCGCGAUGAUCACCGUCGCCACUGUGUUCCCGCUGACAGUCCAGCAUCAUUAUGCCGCGGGCGUUAACGUCAUCGUAGGUGAUGGGCUAUCAGAUUCUGUAUCGGUUAGUUCCAGUUUUCGGUCGUCGUGAAAAAUACCCGACCACCAGGGCAGGAGUGGCCCGCAAGAUACAUUUUUAACAUUUUUCACACAACGACAGUGCACAGGAUAGCGAUGAGCACAAUGGCCGCGAAAGACUUUGUGACCGUCGUAUCGGUGGACGGUGAUGGCCGAGGCGGCGUUCAGACGGUUGAAGAUUCGUUUGUCACCGUGCUGUCCAUCGGUGAGGACGCCGCCGCAACGGACGGUUCGACCUGCAGCGCCGCCGAAGAAGUGCUUGUCUACCGCCUGCCCGGCGAACGAUUGGGCUUUGGGUUGCGGUUUGACGGCGUGGACACGUGCAACCGGUUAUUCGUCCAGUCAUGCGCGGACGGCAGCCCGGCGUCUCGCACGCAGGCGUCGUGGGGACCGCUGGCCGCCGGCGACGAAAUCGUCCAGAUCAACGGCCGGCCGGUGAAUAGGCUAAGCCGAGACGAUUGUGUCCGAUGUCUCAAGGAGUCCGGGCUGGUCGUCAAGCUGCACAUGGUUGACGGUCGGCUGGCCGUCAAGGCACCGCCGCCCGUGCCUCCCCGGAAACAGAAGAAACCGGAACCUCCCCCGCCGGUCGCGUCGUCCACUUUGUACACGAACGCCGUCGAAAGGUUAUUCGUUUACCACGGUGAAUCAGAAUCGGACGACACCAACAGCAGCGUUUCUACGGUGGUGUCCAAGUGUCCUGCCGAAUCCUCCGUCGGUGAAGACUGUUCCGGCGAUGACGGCGUGUUGAACGGUGGCAGCGACAAGAACUGUGUGCUGGACAGAGUGCUGGAGCCGUUCAUGCAGCUGGAACGGGAGUUUUCGUCUAGUGCAGCUAUUGGCGACGACGUGGGCCUAUACGAGAAAUUGGUGGCCGUGGCCGAGGAGGACCGGUUGCCACCCAAACCGCUGCCUCGGAAGGAAGUACGGCCACCUAAGAAGAAGCCUCCACCACCUCCGCCACCACUUCCUUCAUCGCCACCACCACCUGCGUAUCGGUUGCCACCCAGGCUUGUGGAUUUCGUGCACAAAGACGAACCGCCACAAACAGUUGUCGACACAGCCGCUGCAGCCGAUGACGACGUUUUCGCAAUUUCCACUAAUACGAUUACUAUGCAGACGAGUGAUGAAGAAAUAACUACAGAGCAACACAUUCUGAAAAAAGAGUGUGACGCGACUUUGGAACGACCGGAGAACCUGACGUUGAGCUGCAAACCAGAUUGUUUAUACAGCGGCGGCGACGACGUAGGCGGAUCGGCGACAAUGAAGUCGUCGCAGUCGGUGGUCACGGAACCGUCCAGUAGGACGGACUCGGAAACGGAUUCGGACGGUUCGAGAAACUUUGUUACGACAACAACAUCAAAAAGAACCACUUCGGGUAGGACGGACGAGGUGUGCAACCGGAGCGUGCGCGACAAAAUAGCUAUGUUCUCGCGGACCACGGCGGCUGGUGGCGAGAAAAAAGAUUCGUCAUCGUCAGCUUACUCGACGGCCUCCGUGGACUCGUCCCCGGCAGCGUCUCCAAAGGCUGUGGCGUACAGCACUCUACCGCGCAAACUACCGCCACCACCACCGCCAUCACAACAACAACAAAAACAACAACAGUAUUCAGCCACAGCACGGCCGUUGUGCGACGCACCGGUACAGCUGCAGGCUGCAGACCAUCGGCGGUCGCAAAGCCUCGUCGAGCAACCGUACAGCAAAUACUUUAACACGAUGAACGCGUACGCGGAAAUGGGACGGUCGUCACUAAACGCUCUGAUCGAACAACGCCGGCGGAGCAUGUCCAAGCUCAGGGGACUGGUGAUACCGGAGAAAGUGGUGCCGGGGUCCGGAAGCGGUUUCGGCGGCGGUAGCGGGAACGGUACACUUACCGGCGGCAACGUCGACGAGUCGCAGCUGCAUCUAGCCGCGAUUCCCGAUUUACCGCUGGUGAUCAAAAUCCCACCGUCGGAAAACGAUGACGACGACACCGACGCCGCUGUGUUGUGUCCGCCCACCAAGACGUAUGUCAACGAACCGACAACGGGCACGGUGACCAGACGUACUAACCCAGUGUUACGGCAGUCAUUUAUGGUCGUCCCUGCGCUCACGCCAGCGUCCGCGACUGAACAGCGACGUCCGUCAUCUGCGUCCAGUUCACCGUCGUCGUCUUCGUCUUCGUCGUCUACAUCAUCGUCGUUGAACUCAAGCCGAGAAGAACUCAGACACAUACACGACGAACGGUCACUGUCGUCCGUCAAGUCGUCCAAUAAGGGUUCGUUUAAAGCGGACAGCGACGAAGACUCAGCGCUCAGCUCCAGUCGGUCGAGCACGUCGCUUCAACAGUAUUCGCCCGCUUCAUCACCACCGCCUCAAUCACAGCAGCCGCCACCACUGCCAUCGUCGUCACCACCACCGCCGCCGUCCAAUAACGCGGCUGUCCCCAAUCACAGUAGCUCGUCUGCGUACGACACCGGAAAACGAGUGCUGAAAGCCGAAAGUGUGGAAGCUAUCAACCGGAAAAACGUUCUUUGUUCGGCCAGGAUCAGCAGUGGAAAACCGGAACCUCAGUCAGUGUUGCCGUCAUCUCCAGCCAAUAACUAUGCAUGCAAGACCGAAUACUUACCAAACCACCAACACUAUCACCAGCAUUAUCACCAACAACAACAAUAUUCAGACGGGCCAGCGUUGAAAUCAGCCAAGUCCGGGCCGGUGUUUGCCACCGGAACCGCGAUCGUCAAUAGGUACACGCACAACCGGAUGUCGUCAGUGGAGUCUACGACGAGUGACGAUUCGUCCAUGCAAUACGCAGUAAACGCCGAACCGUUUGGCAGCAUCAGCUCACUGGCGUCAUCCACCAGUCUGAUUUCACAACAGGAACUCCAACAGCUCAUCGACGACGCCAAUCAAACGCUAGAAGAAAAUAACAGUGGUUGUUAUGGUAUCGCCGCGGCCGCCACGACGCACUCGGUCGAAGUGACCGUCGUCAUUCUGCACCGGGACAUAGCCACUAGUAGUGUGGGCAUCACGUUGGCCGGUGGUGCCGAUUAUGAAACGAAAGAAAUAACGGUGUAUAAAGUACUGACUGGAAGUCCGGCAGAUAAAGACGGCCGUAUCCGAAAGGGCGACCGCAUAUUAUCAAUAAAUGGUAAAAGUAUGAAAGGAAUAACGCAUCGAGAAUCAUUGGCAAUACUUAAAGCACCUAGGUCUGAAGUAGUAUUGGUAAUAUCUAGAUGCAAGUCAGACACGACCACUGAAUCUGUUGGUCCACUUCAAUCAUCUGACCUUAUGACUUCGACAAAAAAUGAUGUUAUUGCAAAUAGAGUGUUUGGACCUUUAACUAAAAUAGAAUUAUCAAAAGACGGUUCUGGUUUAGGCUUUAGUUUGGAAGGUGGAAAGAAUUCACCAACUGGUGAUCAACCAUUAACAGUGAAAAAAAUUUUCACAGGUGGAUGUGCAGAGCAAUGCGGACAAAUAUUAGCUGGAGAUGAGUUAGUUUCAGUGAAUGAUAUAGAUGUAACUGGGAUGUCACGUACUGAAGCUUGGAAUUUGAUGAAGAGGCUAGUAAACGGAACUGUUACACUUUGUAUACGACAUGUAGUCUAAAUACUAUUAAACUAGCAUAUAAUAUUUUUAUUGUAUGAAAAAUCUAAAAUUAUAUAUUGUAUCUUUAUUUAUACCUAACUUUAAAAAAUGAUUUAUAGAUAAUUUGUUAUAUUAAUUGACAAU